AUGCUCGCUCAAGGGCGAACACUCACCAAAUUCUCAACCGGAAGCAUCUUCAUUCUAACAUGUCUAUUCUUCAUCCUCUAUUACCACCCCAUGAGACUAGAAACACCAAAAGGGCCCUCAGGGCCUUCCGAAUUUGACACAUCCAGAAAGGGCCUCCAACCAGCGCUGCCGCGAAUCCCAGAGAAGAUCUGGUACAAAGUUGGACCCAAAGGAUUGAGCGACCAGUCACACGAAUGGCUGGACGAUUGUCUCCACAAAAACCCUGCGCAUAGCGCGCAGAUCAUGACAGACCUCACGGGCGAUCAAUAUGUCCAAAAGAACUACCACAAUCGUCCCGAUAUUGUCCAUGCCUAUCUCUCGCUGUCGGUACCUAUCCUGAAAGCGGAUUUCUUGCGCUAUCUGCUUCUUUUCGCAGAGGGUGGCAUCUGGGCUGAUCUUGAUGUUUCAUGUGGUGAUGUACCCAUUAGAGAAUGGAUUCCUGAGACGCUGCGCGCUAAAGCUGGUCUUGUGGUUGGGUGGGAGUUUGAUGUGGGCUGGGGGGAUAAUUUUAUUCGGCAGUUUGAGAGUUGGACCAUUCUGGCGGCGCCGAGUUCACCGCAUCUGUUGAUGGUGAUUGAAGAUAUCAUGGAUGGGAUUCGCCAAAAGACGGAGGAGUAUGGGGUUCCUGUUUCCGAGUUGACUUUGGAGAUGACGGGUGAUGUGAUUGACUUUACGGGGCCGAGGCGGUUGACUCGUGGGAUUUUGAAGAGCUUGGAACUGGUUCGCAAUGAGACCAUCGACAUGGCGACUAUCUCAAACCUCUUAAAGCCCGUUUUGGUUGAGGAUGUCUUAAUCUUGCCCGGGUAUUCAUUCGCCGCGUCGUCGAAUACCUACAGCAAUAAGAAUGUGACUGGUCCAUCUUUGGUCCAGCAUCAUUAUGCUGGCAGUUGGAAGAAUCAUAAUGGCGGGGAGAGCUGA